AUGGGAAUUAAGCUGGAUAUGAAUAAAGCAUAUGACAAGGUGGAGCGGGAUUUUUUAGAGGAGGUGAUGAGAAGGAUGGGUUUUGUGGAAAGAUGGAUAAGUCUUGUAGUGGGAUGUGUCAAAUCUAUAGCCUUUGCAAUUAUUAAAAACGGUCAAUCAGAGAGGCGGUUCAAACCUUUAAGAGGUAUUCAGCAAGGAGAUCUUAUAUCUCCAUAUCUCUUUCUCUUUGGCAUUAAAUUUGGCCAUAAGGCUCACAUCAUAUUUGCUGAUGAUACUUAG